CAUUUUAGAUUCCAACUUUCUGCCACACAUGUCCACGCCCCCGCAGGCGAACACUACUUGCAGGUCGUUCAAUCCAAACAAAAAAGGCAUGGCCUGCUCGGCAUGAAAACCCCCGCCGGGCUCUCCAAAGCGGCGGCACAUUCUGAAUUCCAUGAACCCCGACGAGGCUGCACCCAGCAGCCACCCCACCGACGACGGAAUACCAGCCUCGAUGAUCCCACCAUGCCGACCCUCCCAACAGCAGGCCCAGGCCGGCAGCACGGACGAGAAGCCGGCGUCGCCACGCGACAGGCACGAGACGACGAAGAAUGAGAACAAGAAAACGACAAAAUUCCGCUUCAAGUCCGAGUCCCGCCGCCGGCCCAGGUCCCGCCCCAGGUCGCGACGAGAAGAUGGCGACGGCGACGACGACACAUCUUCGCACCCGCGGCGCCGCCGCCAGCGCGAUAACACCAACGACAAUGACCACCACCGCCACCACCACGAGCGCCACCACCACGGCCGCCGCCGCCGCCACCGACGGUCCCGGCGCUCCGCGUCUCCAGCCGGGGCAGCAGCAAUGUCAGCAGCAGACGAGAACGACGCCUUUGCCACUGCCGGGCCCGAGGGGGCCCUGUCCCCCGACGCGGCGUUCCGCGAGUCCCUCUUCGACGCCAUGGCCGACGACGAGGGCGCCGCGUACUGGGAGGGCGUGUACGGGCAGCCGAUCCACAUCUACGGGCGGGGGCGGCGUAGCCGAGACGGCGACAACGACAACAACAACGAUAAAGACGGCAAAGUUGGCGAUAGGGACGACGGCGACGAGCUGCAGCGCAUGACGGACGACGAGUACGCCACGUUUGUGCGGCGGCGCAUGUGGGAGAAGACGCACGCGGGCCUGCUGGAGGAGAAGGCGCGGCGGGAGCGCGAGCGCGCGGCCCGGGCUGCGGCGGAGGCGGAGGCGGCGCGGAUCGCCGAGGAGAUGGAGAGGAGCCUGCGGAGGGGCGAGGAGCGGCGGCGGAGGAGGGACUGGGCCCGCCGGUGGGGCGAGUAUGUCGCCGCCUGGGCGGGCUGGACGGGGGAUGUUGAGGCCCUGCCGUGGCCGACGACGAGUGCGGGGCGGGAGGAGGUUGCUGCUGAGGGGGCGGUGAGGGAGUUCUUUGUGCGUGGGCUGGGGCUCGAGGAGCUGGGCGAGAAGGAGUUCGCGGCUAGGCUGAAGGAGGAGAGGGUUAGGUGGCACCCUGAUAAGGUCCAGCAGAGGCUUGGCGGGGAGGUCGACGGCGGAGUGCUGAGGGACGUCACGGCGAUUUUCCAGAUCAUAGACAGGUUGUGGAGUGAUACCCGGUCGAAUUAGACCCAUAGACCAUCGGAAUUUGAUUUUACGCGUUCACCAGGAAGCUCUCGUUGGAAU